ACCACCAUGGCUGUAAACAGUCUCCAAAACUGGCGGAUUUUUUACGUUAUUUGGAUACUUUUACUCAUCUUUUCACGUUGUCUGUCUGCAGGUCUUGUUCAGCACUGUGAGGAAACAUGCCAGUCUGUUUUGGCUGACGGUGGUUUUACAGAAACGUCAUCAUGUGAUCAAACAUGCCUCUUUAAUUCUUGUACUGCAGGGUGUGGGCUAUGGGACAACACAACAACCCAGUCAUGCAACCAAGCAUGUGAUUCUAUGUUUUCGUCCAAACAAGAAAAGAUGGAGUCAUGCUACUCAGGAUGCCGUCAUGCAGAAGAUGAAUAUGCAGCACUUAUUACAGCCUUAGUUGGUACCCCAUCAGCUCCCUUUGUUGUGUCAAUGGAAAGCAUUACAAACACCAGCUUUGAUAUCAGCUGGUUACCAGCCAGCCAUGAAGCUGUGAUGUAUAAAUUACAGUGGAAGUAUGUGGACAUAGAGGGCAGUAUAUGGACAUCUUAUAACAUCCAGGCUGUUUCUACCACACAGAUACCAGUGACUGGACUAUAUCCCUAUGUAAUAUACUCGUUCCGUAUACAGUGGGUUAUCACAACUAGACAUGUGUUGUCAUCUCCAGAAAGUGUUGAAGUUACUACUGAACCAUAUGGACCUCCAUUAUCAGGACCCAUCAUAACUAGCCUUGUUUCAAGAAGUUCCUCUACCAUAUCAGUGUCUUGGCUGAAGCCUAACUUCCCCAGUGGUCCAAUCAUUGAGCAUAUAGUGACCGUAGAGAAUGCUGCUGGUGAUAGACUGGUUACCAUGGCUACUAGCUCACAUACAUUUGGUAGACUGGUGCCGGAUACUUCCUACACAGUGACUGUUGAAGCUAGAAAUGCUGAAGGGACGAGUCCAGGAGCCGCACAGAAUGUUACCACCCUACCCGCAGUCAAUGAUACUGGUAUUCAGCCAUUCUUAGUGGCUGGAGUCACAGCCUACAGUUUCCAGCUGGAUACUAAAGCAUCGUACAUCUCCUUUACACCUCUUGACAAACUUGAAAAUGCAGCCAUCUUCCCAAGUGACUUACACAUCGUGGAUGUUGAAGAACAAACCAUUGCAGAUGUUGCCGUCCAUUAUUGGAAAAGUCUCCUCUUCCUGUCGGACACUUCAGGAACGAUUCAUCGGCGUACUGUAGAUGUUAAUAACCUAGAAUCAUGGAAUACUUCUUCUGAUGUCAUCUUUAACAGCUCAAAGGUUGUGACCUUACUGACUGUUGAUUGGCUGUUUGAUCAUCUUUAUUUUGUACAGGAAAACCAGAUAUUAAGAUGUGAUCUUUCUUGUAGUCAGACACCAGAGGUUGUCAUUGAUGCUUUAGACUCGUCACCAUCUGAGCUUCAUAUUGAUCCUUAUAAUGGGUUUCUUUACUGGUCUGAGCUUGGUUUCAUGAGAGGUAUCUUCCGUCUUGACUUGUCUCAUCUUAUCCCAACUUCAUCAACCAAUCAACAAGAGCUUAUCAUUGAAGCUGAUGAUAUAGAAUCAUUCUUCAUUGACCCAUCGGGAUUUCAAGUGAUAUUCCCUCACGCUACCAAUGAUACAAUCGUGGCAUCAUUCCUGGAUGGAUCAGAACAAACCGUACUACGUGUCGACGAUGGACACAUCUUAGAAUACUUCACUAAUGUUUCCAAUCUAAUCUACUAUAAUGAGUUAUUUGUGUGGACACGCUAUGAUGAUGUGGAGAAAUCCUGUGAUUUUGUAACUGAUCCCUAUGGUUACCAUGCUGCUUAUCUCUAUUAUGAAACAACACUUGGUGGGAUUACAGAGAGUGAUAAUUUCUUUUGUUCUGAAGCUUAUCAUGGAUUAGACAUCUAUCAUCCACAUUAUCAACCAAUACCAACUCCAUUUAGUCCUCCAACUGGUCUACACGUUUUGUUUCUAGACACGACAGCGGAGGUUUCUUGGAUUAAACCAGUUCAAUUUGAAACUGCAGGUCAGGGAGCAUGGCAAGAAUGGUCUUAUGAAAUCGAGUUCCUAGAUACAGCUUUUAUGGACUCAGUGCUAGUGGAAUCUAUACAAGGUGUGACGUCUACCUUAGUAAACCUGACUGCUGAGACCCAGUAUAUCAUCAGAGUUAGAGCCUACUCAACGGCUGGCAGAGGACCAUGGUCAAACAGAUUUGUUGGAAGGACUUUAAAAUCCGUUGAUGUUGAUCCUUUCGUCAUCUUUGCCUCAACGAAUGGAGUUAAGAGAAUUAAUUUAGAUGGGACAGGAUUACACAACGUCAUCAAUCGAACCAAUAUUAGAGAUUUGGCAUGGGAUAUGCGGACAUUGUACUGGUGUGAUGAGACGGGGUCUGUGUUCCAGACAGACAUUAUGGAUGCUACAAGAGCAGUGAUUGAGCUACCAUUUACAUCCUAUACACAGGCGUUAGCAGUAGAUUGGUUCACUGGCAAGCUGUACCGAGGUACUAGUAUCCAACAGGAUUUGGCAAUCGACUCACUUAAUGCUUACAUGUACUGGACUACAACCAAGACUGUUGAAUGCUCACGAUUUACAAACAAAGAACACUUUGAUUAUGAACGACUUAGUGGUAUAUCAGAUGACCUCAUCGCUGGGUUGACUCUUGACCUCCGGGGUGGUUUUGUAUACUGGAUGUCACUGGUGACUGAGGACAGUGCACAGAUGCUGAAGCUUUUCAGGGCGCAGUUGGCAGGUACCGGCAUGGAGAAUCCAGCAUCAACCAAAGAAGAAAUAAGUGUGAUCCCUUCCAACACCGAGAGAGUUGCUUUGAGUUUCUACAGUGAGAAGUUAAUAUGGAUUAAUGAACAAGAUGAUAUCCUUAUUGGUAAUGUGGAGAACACUUCAUUAGCUUCACUCUAUACCAACUAUGAUGCCACAACACUGACUGUAAUACAACCUACAUUACAUUCACUACCAGACGGUUUUACAUCAGUACCUACUGUAGUCCCAUUCACAAUACCAGAAGACUCCAUUCAAAUUACAGGAAUGUCGUAUAACUUCAAUAUUACAUGGAACGCUAGCAGUGAAGUCACAUAUGGAACAGUAUUUUAUGAUAUUAGUGUGAUAGCUGUUGGUGUUACAUCGAGCGCUACAGUACAGGAUGCAGUUUACAACAUGAGAGGCAUUGAUCCAUUUCAACCUCUGUCAAUCACACUAAUGGCUCACACUCACUGGGACAUGUCACAGGAAGUGACAGUGACAAGACAGUCGCCAAUGUCAGUUCCAACAAUUCCUGAGAAUUCCAGAGCCUUUGUAACUGAAGAUAAGAAUAUCUACACUGGGUUGAGUAACUAUAGCGCUACGUUCCGUUGGGAUCCUGUUGCGGAAGUUAAUGGUAUCCUGAUUGGUUAUAAAGUACAUUGGGGAUCAUCUCUUAAUUCACUUAUAAUGAGGAUCGUCAAUCAUGACAUUAACGAGAUUAAAGUUUACAACCUGGAACCAAACUCUGUCUACUAUUUCCAGGUGGAAGGAUUUACAGCUAUUGGUAAUGGACCAGCAACUACACUCCUCAAUGUGUCAACCAAUGCCUCUUCUCCACCUCCAAUCCUGUUCUCUAUUGGACCUAAUGGUAUAACACAAACAGACAUAGAUACUGGGAUGACUACAGAGUUACUUGGUGGUCAGAGUGUUUCAGCUUCUGCUGUAGCAUUCAUUGCUCAAGAUGAACUCAUCUUCUGGGCUGAUACAACUAAGAUGAAGGUUAAGAGUAGUAACUUUGAUGGCAGUAAUGAACAAGAGCUAUUUGCGAUUUCUGAUCUGCCUCCCUCAAGUGGUUUAGCAGUUGAUUGGUUAUCACGCUGUAUCUACAUUACACAAGAUGAUGAAAUCUAUAGAUAUGACACAACGAUUUCAACAGAAUCAGCACUGACUACAAUAACCGAGAAUGAAACAUCUAGUUAUUUGGGAGUUGUAGUUGACCCUGCAAAAAGCCGUCUUUAUUGGACCGAGCAAAGCACCCAAGGUGGUAAAACUUUAAUGACCUCUGACUUACAAGGUCAGAGUUCACGACCUAUCUUAGGAUCACAGGGUGGAAGGCGUCGGCGUGAGGCUUGUAGCUGUAGUGACGGUGUGAUGCCAAGUGGAGCUGUAGCUAUGGACCAAUCAAAUGUUGAGAGUGCUGAGCUGUUUUUUGCUGAUAGUGUUCUGGGAGAUGUAUGGGCAUCUGAUUUAGAAGGAUGCGUUUGUCGUCUCGUUGUCAGGGCGUCUGAGCAUGCUCAGUCUGGUCUACCUCCAGACUCUCUAACUGUAGACCAGACUAGGGUCUACUGGACAAACAACCAAGGCAUUGUAGCUAGUGCUGAUAAGGUCACAGGUCAAGAUUUCAGGUCAGAGGUUGUACCUACUGCUGAAGUACCAGUUCUGGCUGCAUUUGGGAAUAAUCUACAGCCUUAUCCUGAUCCAGCAUGUUUAUCUCCGCAAAGCUACGACCAACAAGCCCAGUUAGUAUCCAGCACAACCAGCACUUUGAACCUUACCCUACUCCCAAUUGUAGUAAUACCACAAUGCAUUGGGAUUAGUAUGGCAACUGUUGUGUACACACUGAAUUAUGGGAAGAUGCAGACAGGCAUGGUGCCAGUGACUAAGACAACUUCAGAGUCAUCAGUUCUUUUGGACAACUUGGACGCUUUUACAGAGUACAGUAUCAAUGUAUCAACUCAUAAUUACUACACUGUUAGUGAUCCAACACCAGGACCUGAAGCUAUCUACAUGACUGGCAUUGGAGUACCCAGCGAAGCUCGUGAUGUCACUGUCAUUGUUCUGGAUCCAAACAAUGUGAAAGUUCAAUGGCUCCGUCCAUCCCAACCCAAUGGACCAAUCAAAACACUAACUUACAAAAUAAGUUUCACUUACAUGACCAAUGGAACUGAAUUUACUGGAGUAAGAGACAACUCAGCCGUCAGGAAUAUUUCAGAUGAUGAAUUUGAGGCUAAUAUUAGGGAUUUGAUUGGGGCCCAGGAAUACCAUUUCCAGAUUGAAACAUUUCCUGAGAUUGGAGAAGGAUCCAGUCUAAGUGAAGUCAUAACAUCAACAACCUUCCAGCCUCCACAGUCCGUUCAGCUUGUGUCUAGUUCCUUUGAUGAGUUAGUUAUCUCAUGGAUGUCACCUAGUGAUGAUAGUGUGAUGCAACACACCUUGGAGUAUCUCUAUGCUGGAUACGUAGGCUUAGAGCCGCAGCCCAGUAACAAUAAAGAUUCAAGAUCAUGGACCAGUAUCAACUCUACUAACACAACAGGAAACAUGAUGUACAGCCAAGUUUUACCUGGGCUUAUGCCGUACUCUCACUAUCAUGUACGAGCCAAUGUUAUUUACAUCACUGGGCGGUUGUAUGACUACUCCAAUGAUCUGAUUAGGAUCACAAGUUAUGAAACUGCAGCUGGACUACCAUCAGCCAUACCACCACCAGAGAUUGACGAGUCUUCUAAAACAUUAUUUGAUGUGAUUUGGGAUGCCCCACUUGCUAAUGGUCCAGGAGAUUUGACGUACAUACUCCAAGCAAAACCAGAUCAAGGCAUAUGGAAGACAGUGUACAAAGGCCCAACUCGUCUUUGGAGAGCUGUUAAUCUAACUAGUCAAGAGGCGUAUGUUUUCCGUGUUGCUGCAGAAUCAUUUGAGGGUAUUGGUCCAUACAGUGCGACAAGUCAAUCUCAAGUGUUUAUUAUACCAGAGGAAUCUACAGAUCCAAUGCUGUUCAUUAUAGUAGGUGCCGUGGUGGUCCUCUUAGUUCUACUUGCUAUCAUUAUCGUCACAGUCAUUAUUCGUCGUAAGAUGAAGAAGGAUGCAAAGUGGAAACAUGGAGUGUCUGUUUCAUAUCGAACUGAUACUGAGCUGGCAACAUUACGGCAAUACCCAAUGACCAUUGUACAGAAAGACAACUCACUCUAUGCUGUAACAACAACUAAUGGAGCUGAGGUUGAGUUGCCGAUCUUUCCUCGUGAGAGGUUGAAAUUAAUCACAUUUCUUGGUAGUGGGGCGUUUGGUGAGGUGUUUGAGGGACUUGCUGUUGAUAUACUUGGGACUGACUCAGGCGAGACUAGAGUAGCAGUCAAGACUUUGAGACAAGGAGCCACUGACCAGGAAAAAGAAGAGUUCUUAAAAGAGGCUUCAUUGAUGGGGAAUUUCAAUGACAAGCACAUCCUUGGUUUACUUGGUGUAUGUCUUCACAACGAUCCUCAGUUCAUCAUUCUAGAGUUAAUGGAAGGAGGUGAUCUUUUGUCUUAUCUUCGUGGAGCUAGAGGAACCUCUAUCACUCCUUGUCAUCUUAGCCCUUUAGAUCUUAUUGAUAUCGUUAUGGAUGUAGCAAAGGGAUGUCGCUAUCUGGAAAGCCUUAAAUUCGUUCACAGGGAUUUAGCUGCUAGAAAUUGCCUGGUAUCCGUCAAAGAUUACCUCAGCCCUGAUCGAGUAGUCAAGAUUGGUGACUUUGGUCUAGCUCGAGAUAUUUAUAAGAGCGACUAUUACCGCAAAGAAGGAGAGGGAUUGUUACCAGUGAGAUGGAUGUGCCCUGAGGCAUUGAUGGAUGGAGUCUUCACUGUGCAGUCUGAUGUGUGGUCAUUUGGCGUUCUGGUCUGGGAGGUAAUGACGUUGGGUCAGCAACCGUAUCCAGCUAGAACUAAUGUAGAAGUCCUUCAUUAUGUGACUUCUGGUGGACGAUUGGAUAGACCAGACAACUGUCCUGAUGACAUACAUCACCUGAUGCUGAAGUGUUGGGAGAAGCAACCUGAAGGGCGGCCAUCUUUCCACUCUACUUUAGAGAAGUUAGACAGCUACAGACGCAAAUCUGCAUCCAUGUCCAGUGGAGUAGAUAACCCAGGAUUUGAAGGUGAUUCUAUCAAGUACCUACGAUUAGGAGGAGGAGGAGGAGCACAAGGCAAUGAAGAUUAUCUACAACCUAUGGAUAGCGCACAAUCACUUCAUCGUAAUGAUAGUAGUGACAGCUUAGCAGAGGUCAAAGCAAGAGCAAGGGAGGAUGCAAGGAGAUAUCAGGAACAGCAGGGACAAGAUGCAUACAGUACACAGGGUGCCAGACCAAAACCUAAACAGUCUAAACGAGACUCGUUAGGGUUACCUCAGGAGAAGCGAGCUGAUUUAGAACCACGGUACACAGCAGCACCAUCAUCAUUCAGUAAAGCUACUGGUGCAAAUGUGCCUAAACCAGAGCAGGUUACCAGGCAGCCAAGUGGUGCUGGUGCUACUGCUGCUUCAAGGGAGAAACCAACCUCUAAGAAGAUGCCAUUAAAUAUGAAAGGAAGUUGGGUAGACCAUGAGAAGAAGGCAAGAGGAAUUCAGAAAGACAAGAAGAUAAAUAAUCAACCUGAGGAGUCUAAGAGUCCAGUCACUGUAGUCAGUAUGGAAGAACCAGUUCUUCUAAGUACACCAUCCACUACACAAAGACAACGAGCACCUAACCCUUUCAGACAAGACUCUCUUGAUGAGGCAGAGAGAAGAGAUUAUACAAACUGGCCCAAAACUAUCCCUGAGGAUCCAUUUGUAUUUGAAGUCUAAUAUAUGCAAUUGAUGUAACUAAACUUUCUGGCGAUAUUGGCAUUGGUCACACAUCAAAUCAAGUUUCAUUAUUUUUCAAACUUGCCAAAAGUUGUCCUGAUUUUAUGCCUGAUCAAAGUUUUGUGAAACUCAUCACAUUAACGUAGCUUAUUCAUCACAUUUACAAAGCUAAUACACCCUAAUGGGAUAGACAAUGAAAGCGUGCAUGUGUGUACUCUCAGUGAGGGCGCUGUUUAGGUUUGUCAUGUCAUAAGCACAGGGUCUAAUGUGCAUUUUAUCUAUCCUAUUUUGUUGUUGUGUUUAUUCACAUCGCAACAUGAGACAAUUGUCACCAAACAGCACCAGUAUUAGUUGUGUUUUAACUCCUGUAAAUAAAUUUGUCAUAAAAGCAAAUGAAGAGGUAAAGUUGGGCCUGAUUAUGUUCCAGGAAACUUUAUUAAAUGCAAAGCAGCUCAAUUUCUUUAUUUCUACUGAAUUCAAAUUAUUUAAUACCAAUUAAAUAGAUGCUGUAUUGACCACGGCUGUUUCUAUGGGCAUCUAAUGCUUUAAUAGCCAUAGCUGCUCAUUUGCAUUUGAUCUAAAUAUCUUAAGCAUUACCUUAUACAUGUUUGUAGCAAUGAAGUUAUUGGAAAGUUUUGAAACAUCAAGUUGAAAAUUACUCACAUACUCAAGGUGCUCCAAAUGAAAUUAUUAAUAAUUCAUGAUUCAAUAUCAGAUAAAUUGUUUUAUGCAACAAACUAACUUUUAUUAGUAAAUAAUUGUACAUAGCUUUUGCAGUUUUUUUUAUACCACAACUGUUAACAGUGUUUUUGUCAGGUCUUCUACACAUUUGGAAAAGUAAAAGGAUUUAAAUAAGAGAAGAAUUUCUUAAAUUUGUAGUUCAUAUAUUUAUAGUGUUCCGCUACUUAGAGGCAAUAUUUUAAGUACUUAAAGCCAUUGGACACUUUCGGAACAGAAACAAAUUUGAAAGUUCACAGAUCUACAAAUUACUUACAGGG